UGCUAGAAUAAUCUGUUAUGUCAUUGUCAAGAGAUAUUUCUUACCAAAGUUUGUAUUGGUGUCUUGGUUCAAGUAUUAUAUCAGGAUUAUUUUAUUAUGGUUAUUACCGCAGAAGCAGUUUUAUGAAUAUUUUAAAGAAUGUUAAAGUUUUUCAAAUCAACAACGAUUUAAUAGCAGAGUUAAAUAAUUCAAAUGAUUGCACCCUUCCAUAUAGUGCUGUAAUUGGUAUAGUAGAGUCUGAAGGUAAAACAAUUCGUGGGUGUUACAAUACUGCUGUUGAUGGUGUCGUACAAAGUAUACUUCUUAAAGAACACAAAACAGAAUGGAAUUCUUUUACAAAGGAAUGGAUAGAUAAAGUUCGUAUAUUAUCAACAAAACAACAUGUUGAACCAUUUUCUUUGGUUGAUAAAUCUGAUGUUAAAGUCCAUGUAUGUGAUGUAUUAAAAGCUGAAAAUUUAAAACUUUCUACAAUUUAUGAUCUAUAUGAACCUAGUCCAUCUUCAAUUACACAAGGAGUUAUUGACUUUGUUGCUGGGGAUAGAGUGAGAGGUAUGGAGACUGUGGAAGAAAUGCUUCUUAUUGGGACAAAACUCGUUGGAGUUGGACAAAUAGUGUUAACUGAUGGUAAACAUAUAUCACUUAAAUGUCCUUCGCAACCUGGUUUAAGAUAUAUUUUAUCUUCAGACUCUAUCAGUGAUCUUAUAGAGGUUGAAAAGCAUGCGGGGAGUAUUUAUAAAGGUUUUUCUAUAUUUUUUGCUCUAAUAAGCAUUACUUUUAUGUCGUAUUGGUUAUAUAAAUGGUACAGGUUAUACAAAAUUGAAAACAGCUAUAAUACAUUAAUGUAUGAAAAUACUGUUGAAAACGCAUGCUCUGUUUGUUUGUAUCAACCGCGCAGUGUAGUGAUUUUACCCUGUGGGCAUGUUUGUUCCUGUAAGUCAUGCACUGAACAAUUAUCAUUAUGUCCAAUAUGCAGGACAGUUAUAGAAAGAUAUGUUCCCAUAUAUAAUAGUUAAUAAACCAACUAAAUACA